GUAAUUUUUUCAUUACAGGUGCCUAGCUACAUUCAGGAUUACGUGGUAGUAACAGCCUGGGUGCAAGAUACCGGCGUGCAUCUAUACCCGAAUACCGACAUCGGUGGCAAAUACAUCGUACUGUCGAACGGUGAUCUGUACAUAAACAAUGCUGGACCAAGUGAUGCGUACAAAACGUAUUCUUGCAGAACUGUAAAUAGACUAACAGAAGAAAUACAACUUUCGACAUAUCCAGGUAGAGUGAUAGUGACUGAACCGAAAGGACUAGUACAACCUAGAAUUAAUGUAGAAAAACAUUCACUCAAGCACGUGGUUGUGAAUGCCCACGUGACGCUGCCUUGUGUUGCCCAAGGCCACCCGGUGCCAACGUAUCGCUGGUUCAAGGAGGUCAAGGACCAGAUCAUUCCCCUGCAGUUAAAUGAACGGAUCAGCAUCGUUUCGGCAGGAUUGCUCAAAAUUUCCAAAGCCCGCCUGGAGGACAGCGGGAAGUACCUUUGCUGGGUGAACAACACGGCCGGCGAAGAGACAAUCCAGGUGACGUUGACCGUUACCGCUCCUUUAUCAGCACACCUGCAGCCGCAAGUACAAACCGUAGAUGUUAGUAAGGAUGCACAGUUCCAGUGUAUCAUUUCGGGGUUUCCCGCGCACGAAGUUCUGUGGAUGCACAACGGAAAGCCAAUUGUGCGUGACAGUCGGAUAGAAAUCUAUACCGAUACGCCACGAAUUGUGAUUAAAAACGUACAUAAGGAGGACCAGGGCAUGUAUCAGUGCUUCGUGUCCAACGAAUGGGAGCAAAUCCAGAGCACGGCAGAACUACAACUGGGAGAUGCGACACCGGAGCUACUUUAUUGGUUUUCGGAGCAGACUCUCCAACCAGGCCCGACAGUUUCGUUAAAGUGCGUUGGGACUGGAAAUCCUCCACCGCAAUUUACCUGGAAGCUGGAUGGUUUUCCGAUACCGGAUAAUUCCCGCUUCGUGGUUGGCCAAUACGUUACAAUACACGACGACGUAAUCAGCCAUGUGAAUAUUUCAAACGUUAAGGAAGAGGACGGUGGAGAGUACACCUGUGUGGCGCAGAAUAGUAUAGGAAGAGUUUCACACAGCGCCAAGGUGAACGUCUACGGGCUUCCAUAUAUCCGAGAGAUGCCUAAAAUAACUGGCGUUUCAGGUAGUGACCUGGUUGUUAAAUGUCCCGUGGCGGGGUAUCCCAUCGAUAAGAUACACUGGGAACGUGACGGUCAAACACUGCCCAUAAAUCGUCGCCAGCGAGCAUACAACAAUGGAACGCUAAUCAUCGAACAGCUGCAAAGGACCGAAGAUGCCGGGACUUACACAUGUAUGGCUCAGAACAAGCAG